AGGUGACGUCCGCUGUGAUGGCGUGCAAGUCUGCUGCGACGCACCUCCAGGUGCAGAAGGCCAAGCUGCCGCAGGACGAGCUCGCCAAACUGCAGGCGCGGGUCAAGGAGGCGCAGCAGUCGCUCGCCGAGGCGGAGGCCUCGCUGAAGAGCAGCUCCGAAAGGAUCGUCGCCCGAGGGCUCCUCGAGGAGACGGACCAGCGCGUGAGGGACGCGGAGGCGGCCGUGCAGAAGGCGGCGAACAUCGCCGGGUUCCUGCCGGAGCAGGCGCUCGACGACGAGGACGGCGCCCCCGCGGCCGCGCCGAAUGGAGGGCCUGCCGCAGGCAACUCGAGUCGCAAGGAAGAGCAGGCGAGCGAGCUGGUGCAGCUCCACUGGGUGUGA